AUGAGCUUGACUGUCGUCAACAACGCACGCCUGGUCGCUGUCGAGGACGAUGACGGAAGAGUAACGGUCGCCAGUAUCAAGACGGAGGAGAUAGCGGAUGGCUUCAAGCCACGCUUCCAGAUUUUGAGCGGUUCUGCAUCGCACGACACGAGUCUGCCUUCUCCGCGUGUUGGGCCGCUGCACCUCAUCGUGGCGGGACCCCGAAAACCGCAAUCGUCCCAAGAUCGACCGAUUACGCUGGGAUUGUAUAUGUUUUUCUCACGUUUGUUCUUCCAUGUUCCAUCGGUGCCCCCUCUAGUUGUCGCUAUCCGGAAAACCCCCUUAUUUUUGCAACCCACUUCUCGGCGAGUUCCCUCCUGCGAUAAAAUUUGGCGUCCCACCAUCGCCCAUUUCUCUCAAGGACAGACUGUCUGCAACGUCCCUCGGACAUACGGGGAAUGUCGAAAUGGCUCGGUCGGUUCUUAUAACCUCGCAGCCCAGGACGACACACCACUGAGCUUGGCGAGGAGAGGGCGCCUGUAA